UACCUUCUCCGCUGUGAAAGACGCUGCGACUUUAACGUUCCCUCUGCCCGUCCUCGACACCCGGGGACACGUCCACAGUCCUCUUCACUGGUCGACCUCAUCACCCCGACACUUUCAGCUCUCUUCAAGAAAAUUAGGACUACUUCAGUUUCAAAGCCCGUCAACUUCUCUGUGCAACGUUCAAGUCGUAAGCCAUGCUACUACCCUCGUCUUUAUUCCUCCUACUUGGCCUCCUCAAUUGGUGUCCCACUGCAUCAUGUGCAAAAGUGAUCGUGGUCCCACCCAUCAUGUUCGAAUCACAUCUCUACAUCUUCAAGACUUUGGCAACGGCUCUUCUCCAAGAAGGCCACGAGAGCCAUUUUUUGGUUUCAGAAGGCCGUGAAGUGCCCGACUCUCCUGACUACCACUUUCAGCGCUAUACCGGGAUCUUUAACAGCAGCACUGCAGACAAUUUCCUUCAGUCCAAAGUCAGUAACAUCUUCUCGGGCCAUCCGACAUUUCUGGAACUGUUUGACAUUCUUGACCACUACUCUCAGAACUGUGAUGCUGUUGUUGGCAAUGUUGAGGUAAUGACCCGCCUCAAGGAGGCCAAGUUCGACCUGCUGCUUGUGGACCCAAAUGAGAUGUGUGGUUUUGUGAUAGCUCAUAUCCUGGGCGUGCAGUAUGCCGUGUUCAGCACAGGUUUGUGGUACCCUGCUGAAGUUGGUGCCCCAGCUCCGCUGUCCUAUGUACCUGAAUUCAACUCAUUGCUGACAGAUCGCAUGUCUCUGCUGCAGAGGAUCACAAACACUGCUGUUUACCUGGUGCAACGAUUUGGAGUCCAUUAUAUUGCAUUACCCAAGUAUGACAAGAUUAUGAAGAAACAUGGAGUGAAGCCACAAGUCGCUAUGGCUGACUUGGUCCAAGGCAGCCGGCUGUGGAUGCUGUGUACUGACAUGGCCCUGGAGUUCCCCAGGCCCACCCUGCCACAUGUGGUGUAUAUAGGAGGCAUCCUCACCCAGCCCCCCAACCCACUGCCUCAGGAUUUUGAAGCUUGGGUGAAUGACACAGCGGAGCAUGGCUUUGUGGUUGUGUCGUUUGGAGCCGGGGUCAAGUACCUAUCUCAUGACAUCGCUCACAAACUGGCAGGAGCCCUCGCCAGGUUGCCCCAGCGCGUCAUCUGGAGGUUCUCUGGAGUACCUCCCAGUAACCUUGGCAACAACACGAAACUUGUUGACUGGAUGCCUCAGAAUGACUUAUUAGGCCAUGCUAACACGAGGGCCUUCCUGAGCCACGGUGGUCUGAACAGCAUCUACGAGGCAAUGUACCAUGGGGUGCCAGUGGUAGGUGUGCCCCUGUUUGGAGACCAUUAUGACACCAUGACUCGUGUGUCAGCCAAAGGUAUGGGCAUCAUGUUACACUGGAAGUACAUGACCGAGGACGAUCUGUACCAAGCCCUGACCAGUGUCAUCAAAGACACCAGGUACCGCCAGCAAGCAAGUCUUCUCUCCAACAUUCACAAAGACCAGCCAGGCCACCCCGUGACCAGAGCCGCGUACUGGAUCAGCUACAUCCUCCGUCACAACGGUGCCAGCCACCUGCGCUCCGCUGUUUAUGAGGUUUCCCCCUACCAGUACUUCCUGCUGGAUGUGCUUGUCACUGUGGGAGCUGCUUUGGCUCUAACCAUCUUUGCUCUGAACCACUUGGUACGCUGGUUGAGAGGAAAGUCCAGGGACCAAAGCAGAGAAGGUGGUCACGCCAGGGAUGAUGCUAACAUGGCCAAUGGACAUUGCCAUAAUGAGAGCAUGGCCAAUGGGAAACACAAACGCAAUGGCUCCUUGAAAAAUGAGAAGAAGAUUGAUUAAUGUUUUAUAUGGCCAACAGAGACGAGGAAGAAGUUGCCUCCAGGACUCGGCUCUAGGUUUGGUUGAGUGGAUUUAUGCAAGCUUGAGAAGAAAAGCUGUUCUUAGGUCUGUGUCAAGAGGCAACUGCUACUCGGAGUGAGCAAGGGGGUCGUAGAAGAACACACAAUGCAUAUUGUGGGGACAGAACGAGGAAUUGGAUGCUUAGAAUCUGUGUGCGUGUGUGCGUGUGUGUGUGUGUGUGUGUGUUGGUGUAUGUGCACUGAGGCAAAUUUAACGAAGACUUUUAACAACAGCAGCAAUUGCAUCACAAAACCAAAUUGGAGAGUUAUUGAGGAAGAAACAUCGGAAAGACACAUUGGAGGACAUUGUUUCUCCAUGUGCGUCUUCUCUGCUGCAUUGUUCUCCACUGCCUUCCCGAAAUACCACUGGAAAGAUGAAGAGGGAAAAACCUGAGCGCCAACCCCUCAGAACAUCCUCAGAACAAAGCAAAGAAAACAAAUAAUUAACUUAUUUAGGAUUUAAUAUUUUUAACUGCAAACUCUGCUUCAAACUGUGUCUGGUGAAAAUGUAAAUAGAGGACAAAUCUAUUUAUUCCUGUAAAAAAUAUGCAUUUUAAUUAUGAACCUUUUGAAUUUUAAAUUAUUACAUGUGUUAGUGGUUUGACAACAUGGUGGUUUGACAACAUGGUGGUACACGUGCCCUUCCUUUGCUAAGCCAAUUGUAUACACAACACUGUGUCCUUCAAUACUAGUAAAAGAAAAAAAAAAAAAAGAACAGGACCGUUGUUAAUUGUAAAUGUGCAUUCAUCGGACACAGUCACCGUCCCCACAGUGUCCUGUGGCUUUGUUUUCACCCCCCCAAUCAGACUUGAACACAUUUGUGACUGCACUGCUGUUUUGCUGCAACUACUGUUGAUACUGUGGAUGGGCAGGGCCAGUUCAGGAAUGUGCUCCAGCUCAUCCAGUCAGAUGGUCUGGGGUGAGUCAUUGAUCGAAGACAUCAUACUUCAUCAGUCCCAUUGUUUUAAUUCUAUUUAUUAAUCAGUGAUUCAUCACUUUAUUGCCAUUUUAAUGUGACGGUUGGCUCUGUACAUUAUACCUCUGAGAUUUAUUUGUUAUAUAAUUAACAUGUUUCCUUGUGCUAGUUUUAAAUGACACUGCUUUCCUUCCUUGGGUUAAAGGCCUAUUUACAAUUUAGAUUGACAUUAAACAAUUCUAUUAACUUCCA